AUGCCAAUGGAAGGUUCCUCAACCUCUAAGCUCACCAGCAAUGGUGUAGCUAAGAACAUUGCCAACACCGCUCAGUCCAUCUCAACUGCACAGCCAACGACGCCUCUCCCAGAACUAGAUGCCUCUCUACUACAGAAAACUCUCACAAACAACCCACGUCCAGUCCCCGAACUCAACUCACCAGAAAUCGCACAAUCGAAAACAUGCACCGAUCAUAUGAUCACCGCAUCCUGGUCCGUCACAAAUGGCUGGGAAGCCCCCGAACUCAAGCCGUACGGCCCGCUCUCCCUUAUGCCAACCGCCUCUGUCCUGCACUACGCCACCGAAUGCUUCGAAGGCAUGAAGCUAUACCGCGGCUACGACGGCAAACUACGCCUUUUCCGCCCUAACUUGAACUGCAACCGCAUGCUCAUGUCCAGCUCCCGCAUCGCGCUCCCCGGCUUCGAUCCACUCCAGCUCGAAAAGCUCGUAAUGGCGCUCUGCGAGCAAGACGGCUCAAAAUGGCUGCCCAAAGACCGGCCGGGAAACUUUCUAUACAUCCGCCCCACGAUGAUUGCAAGCGACUCCACGCUCGGAGUGCAGCGGCCGAAGGAGGCGCUGCUAUACAUCAUCCUGUGCUGCUUCCCCGUCAUGGACGCGUCAACAGCAGGCAUGAAGCUCCUUGCGUCGCAGGACGACAUGGUGCGCGCGUGGCCGGGCGGCUUCGGAUAUGCCAAGGUGGGCGCGAACUACGGACCCUCAUUAGUGGCACAGGGCGAGGCGCGCAGGAUGGGCUAUGAUCAGAUUCUCUGGCUCUUUGGUGAUGAGUGCAAUGUCACGGAGGCAGGUGCGAGUAACUUCUUUGUGGUGUGGAAGACGAAGGAGGGCGUGACGCAGCUUGUUACUGCGCCGCUGGGAGAGAAGAUUAUCUUGGAUGGCAUCACGAGGCGUUCGACGCUGGAGCUUGCGCGCACGAGAUUGGUAAAUGGCUGGACGCCUACGGAUGGGAGUUUGCCGGGCAAGCUGGAUGCUAUUGAGGUUGUGGAGCGCAAGUUUACGAUGAAGGAUAUUGAGGAGGCGUAUGAUGAGGGUCGCUUCAUCGAGGCGUUUGUUGCUGGUACGGCGUUUUUCGUGGGUCAAGUCAGUUUGAUUCACUUUCGUGGCAAGGAUCUGAACAUCGAGAUGCGUGAGCACGGAUAUGCUACUACGCUGAAGGGCUGGCUGAGCGGGAUCAUGUACGGAAAGGAGAAGCAUGAGUGGGCAGUCAUUGUGAACGAGACUGAGUCUUAA